UAAUCUCUGCAAAUAUAAAAUAUUCGCCGUAAACAAACCUAGGGCUUCAUUCUUCAAUUAGACUCUUCAUCAUCAAAUUUUUCCAGAGGUAUUACAGAUAUGGUGAAAUCUUUGAGCCAGGUGAUUCACAUUGCUUUCCAAUAUCUCCGUGGAUCACCACAAAAUCAAACUGACGGAAAUAAAAUUGAGAUGCGCGAGAAAGAAUUUGAGAAGCGUGAGAAAGAGUUGGAAGCCAGUCUAGAUGAACUGAAAUUACAAGUUAAAGCAUCAAAAUGUAAGAUAGAGGAACUGACUCAGAAAUUGGAGGACAAGGAGGAAAAAUUGGAAAGUCUGGAAGAUCUUAAUCAGACUCUUAUUAUCAAAGAACGCAGAAGUAAUGAUGAAUUGCAGGAAGCCCGUAAAGAAUUGGUUAAUCAACUGAAAGCAACUGGUAAUACUCGUGCUAGCAUCCGCUAUAAGAGAAUGGGAGAACUUGAUUCUAAACCUUUCCAGAAGGAAUGUAAGAAGCGAUUCAGGGGUGAAGAAGCAGAUGUCAAAGCUACUGAGCUCUGCAGCUUAUGGGAAGAGAUGAAUGAUUAUAAUGGGAGUGGGAGGUAUAUAGUUCCGGAACUAUGGAACUUCAAAGAGGAAAGAAGGGCAACGCUAAAGGAGGGUAUUCAAAGGUUGAGCAAAUACAAACGGAGGAAGUAUUUUUAGGUAUACCUUCACAGAAAUGAACUGAAAUUAGUUGGUUGAGGAGUUGGAAUUGAAUGCUAAAACCAGGUUGCAGAUUUUGGUGCUCCGAAGCUGUUACCGGCACCGAUCAAGAUAUGAAGCUACGCUUUGCCAUUAACGCACUGUGAAACCGCCAGAAACAUAAAAAACUGUAUACAGAAUUCAAGUCAUGUAGUAGCUUUAGCUUAUGAGAUUAUUUUUUUUUUCUGUUGGGCAACAUUUGUAAGGCAAUUGAUUACUGUGCUUGUAAGAAUGCAUCAUCUGUGAUUCAUAAGCAAUUACUGUUGAGAUUAAUCAAGUAACGAAUGAAAGUGGUCAACUGGCAUUAACAAAAUCCAAUACUGUCAUUGUUGAACACAUUAGUUCCCACAAAGUAAAGAAUUUUUGUGACUCAACCACAACUAAGUAUGAGAAAGCUCAGAUCAGAGAGCAUAUAAACCAAUAACAAAGAUCUGCAAAUGCAUUAAGACAAUUAAAGUAUCCAACCAUGUGUUUGCUUUUCUGAGUAAAAACCUAGUUUCUUACAAAUAAAAGAAGUAUAUCAUAUAUGUAAUCCAGCAGCAAAUGCAAGCUUGCAGUCAUUUCGGAUCCAUCCCCAGUGCUUCCCCAAGACUGUUUUUAUUUCCACUAAGCUAUUAUGUCAUCUAUAAGCUAUUUCCGGGGGG